AUGGAGUCAAAUAUGACCGUUCAAAGUGGAUUUACUGAGGACAUCGUGGAGCAGGAGCGCUUCCUCCUGCAUCAGGAGACGCUGCCCAGGCAGCUGCUGGAGGAGAAAGCAGCAGAACCUCGACACCAUGCCGCUUCUGAGCGCCCAAACCUCAUCCAGCUUUACAUCUGCGACGACAACAGAUUGGCCAACGAGUACGACUUCAAAAAGGCUCUGGACCUGCUGGAGUACAUCGACAAGGAAGAUGCCGUCGACAUAGACGCGCUCAAAUGUGAAAUCUUGGGGAAAGCGCUCAGAAGAGACGACUGGUCCCGCUGCCGACGGAAAGUGAUGACCCUCUGGAAGCUGCCAAGGACAGCAUCUUCAUCAAGAUCCUCCUCAAACUCAUCCACAAGGCGUUGCUCUGCAGACGUAUCUGCCGGAUGUCAAAGAUCUGCUGGACCUGGAUGAGCUGAGUGUUUUGAAGUCAAAGCCAUAUUUUGCGUUUGUGCUUCGAGCUAAUUACGAACAUUAUCUACAUGCCCAGAUGUGACCGAAAGAAAAAAAAAAAACCCUCCACACUUCAGAUUUUGAACAAAUAUCAGCCGUUUAUUUUCUAAAUAAAUUUUGUAUUUAAGU